CAUCGCUGCAAACAGAGCGCAAGGCUGUCGUCAGCUCUGGCAUCAAGUGAGCAAGACACGUAAUAGCAGCGGAGGUCCAUGCCAAGAACGGCCCCCUUUCGAGCCUAGCCGCACAGCCGGAUCUCGCGGGCGGACGAAACUGUUUCUCGAAGCCAAUUUCAAGGCCACUUCUCUACGUGUAUUUCACUCCUGCCUCGCACGCCACUCUCUCCCCCACUACCUGCACUCUUAUCAGCGCGUCCAGCCUUCGCACCGCGACCCCGCGAUCACCACCGAGGCCCCCUGUCAACAACCCUGGCGAGCUAGAGCUCCGUUAUCUUAUCAGCACUUUCUGCGCAGCGAAAGUGAGAUUGCCAGCACGCGGCACCACACCACAAUGGCCUCUUCACAGCAGCCCAUGAACAGCAACGGCGCCGCUGUGCGCACAGCCGGCGAGGAAGAAGAUGAGGAGAACAUUUUCUUGUUCGUCCCGAACUUGAUCGGCUACGCCCGCGUCUUUCUCGCCCUUACUUCUCUCUACUAUAUGCCCCUCCACCCGCGCACAUGUACAGCACUCUACAGUGUAUCAUGUCUCCUAGACGCGCUCGACGGCUACGCAGCCCGCUACUAUGAACAGAGCACCAAGUUCGGCGCUGUGCUGGACAUGGUCACCGAUCGUUGCACCACAUCCUGUUUGCUCGUGUUUCUUGCACAAGCCUUCCCUCGCUGGAGCAUCAUAUUCCAGGGCCUUAUCUCGCUCGAUCUGGCCAGCCACUACAUGCACAUGUACGCGACGCUGAGCAUGGGCGGAAGCUCGCAGAGCCACAAGGACGUGUCCGCAAGUCGGAGCUGGAUCUUGAGGCAGUACUACACCAACAAAUGGGUCCUCUUCACCUUCUGCGCUCUCAACGAGACCUUCUUCAUCGCGCUGUAUCUGCUGUCCUUCUCCUCGCCAUACCUGAGCCCCACGCUUUUCGCCGACUCCUCCAAUCCCUCUUCGCUCAACCCAGGAACACCCGCUGCGCCCAAGCCCAGCAUGUUCUUCGCGUCGCCAUUCUCUGCUGGCGCUAUGGAGGCGGCGCGUGCGAACAAGAUGGACUCGACUGUGCCGUGGAUCUGCAUGAUCAUCAGCGCGCCCAUCAUGCUGGCAAAGCAGAUCAUCAACGUGGUGCAGAUGAAGAAGGCGGCUUCGUGGCUUGCUGAGGGCGACAGGGCGGCGAGGCGAGCCCAGGGGCUGCCCAGGAAGCUGUCGAAGAAGACUCAGUAGAUGAGUCGCAACACCAGGCAAUGUGUGCAAAUGCACGCAAAACGUGGCUACUUUCUCUGCGACCGAGGUACUCCAUCACGCUCGAAUACAGCCAGCAGUGCAGCUCCACUCUCGCCGACAUUCGCUCUCUGUCAUUUUUCAGCAGCCAACUCUUCCAGACUCAGUCGACCUAUGCCAUCGAGUUUUGGUUCCAUAUUUCGAUUCUGCGCUUUCUCGUAAUUACUUUCAUCACUCUCGCCAUUUGCGAUUCAUCAUGUGGGGAUCCCGCCAGUUACUUCUUUCGUUAUUCAAGACUAGGGACGGCAAAUAGCCAUGAGGACGAGUGAGGCGACAUCGCUUCAGACAUAGUAAUACAAACAUUCAAAACAUAGAUUGAUUGUCUCCAUUGCCAACAACGCUGUUCAA